UCCGCCGCGGGGCGCACGCGGCCUCCUGCACAGGUGUGGCGGCUGCGGGUGGGGAGGUUCGCGGAGCAGCGGGGCCGGCCUCCUCCCCGCGGGCGGCUCCGCUUCUCCUUCGCGCUGCUCGUCCCUUCUCCUCGCCUGCAUGUGUGACGGCGGCGUGCGCGCUGGGGAAGGACACCGCGCCCUCUCCGCGGCUCCCCGCGGCCCCGGGGCGGAGGGGCUCCCGGAUCCCCGUUUCCCCGCUCCCUGCUGAUGCGCGGUCUGCGCCUCGCCGCCGCGCUCCUCGGGCCUGGCUGUGGCCAGGCGCGGACGCCGCCGGACCGCGCAGUCUGGAGGGACUGUGAAGCGCUGGCCGGCGUCGGGGCCCUUGCCCGGGGCCGGGCGGGAGCCGGCGGACGGGAGCCAGAUGGAGGCGGCGAGAGGGGGCGCGGAGUAACGGGCGGCCCCCCGGGCUCGCACCUCCCGCGGCGCCCUGGCUCUCCGCGGGCACAGGGGCGCGGCGGGCGGGGCCCCCGGGGCUGCGAUGGAGGUGCCUAACGUCAAGGACUUCCAGUGGAAGCGCCUGGCGCCGCUGCCCAGCCGCCGGGUUUACUGCUCCCUGCUGGAGAGCGGGGGACAGGUCUAUGCCAUCGGGGGAUGUGACGACAACGGCAUCCCCAUGGACUGCUUUGAGGUCUACUCCCCCGAGGCCGACCAGUGGACCGCCCUGCCCGCCCUGCCCACAGCCCGGGCCGGGGUAGCCGCCAUCGCCCUGGGGAAGCGGAUCAUGGUGAUCGGGGGUGUGGGCACCAGUCAGCUGCCCCUGAAGGUCGUGGAGAUGUACAACAUCGAUGAGGGCAAGUGGAAGAAGAGGAGCGUGCUGCGAGAGGCCGCCAUGGGCAUUUCUGUCACGGCCAAAGACUACCGAGUGUACGCGGCUGGCGGGAUGGGCCUGGACCUCUGUCCACACAACCACCUCCAACACUAUGACAUGCUCAAGGACAUGUGGGUGUCACUAGCACCCAUGCCCACCCCGAGAUAUGCUGCCACCUCCUUCCUCCGAGGCUCCAAAAUCUAUGUGCUAGGGGGACGACAGUCCAAGUACGCAGUCAAUGCCUUUGAGGUCUUUGACAUUGAGACUCGCUCCUGGACCAAGUUCCCCAACAUUCCCAGCAAGCGGGCCUUCUCCAGCUUUGUGACCCUGGAUGACCGCCUCUACAGCCUGGGGGGCCUGAGGCAGGGUCGGCUCUACCGGCAGCCCAAGUUCCUCCGGACCAUGGACGUGUUCGACAUGGAACAAGGGGGCUGGCUGAAGAUGGAACGCUCAUUCUUCCUCAAGAAGCGGCGGGCAGACUUUGUGGCCGGCUCUCUGAGCGGACGGGUCAUAGUGGCCGGAGGACUCGGGAACCAGCCCACGGUCCUGGAGACGGCAGAGGCAUUCCACCCGGGGAAGAACAAGUGGGAGGCGCUCCCCACCAUGCCCACGCCCCGCUGCGCCUGCUCCAGCAUUGUCAUCAAGAACUGCCUCCUGGCCGUGGGGGGCGUCAGUCAGGGUCUGAGCGACGCCGUGGAAGCCCUGUGUGUCUCCGACUCCUAGCUGCCCAGGGGCCUG